AUGUCAGAAAUAGAUGUCGGUAUACUUAAACAAGAAAUUCUAUCAUUACUUGUCUCAGCUAAAAAUGGACUCAGUGAAUAUGAAUUACUUAAUGAUUAUCGAUUAUUUAAUUCAAAUAAAGAACUUCCAUAUAGAGAUUUAGGUUAUUCAUCAUUAAUAGCUUUACUUCGUUCAUGGCCAGAUGUUUGUCGUUUUCAACAACAAGGAAAUAAUAUUAUUAAAAUUCUAGCUGUCGAAGAAGAAAGUACAAAACAUAUUUUGUCUAUGGUCAAAGGACAACGUUCAAAUAAAUCUCGACGUGCUCGAGGUGGUCGUAAUCGAGCACGAGGUGGAGAAGCAUAUCGAAAUAAUGGUCGUGAUAAUCGUGGUGCUCGAUUCUUACAAAAUACUUUUAAUUCCAAUAAUAAUCGAUCAGGAGGUAAUAACCGUGCUACAACCAAUGGUCGUAUGCCUUCUAAUAAUAAUCGUUUCGAACGAUCAACAGCAUCAUCUUAUUCAACAAUAGGACAAUCGAAUCAAAAUUCUAGAAACAAACCAAAUGUUCCGGCACUACCUCGAUUUGCAAAGCAACAACAGCAGCAAAUUCGUGCAUAUGUAACUAGUUCUAGUCAACCUCGAAUGUCGUCUUAUGAAUUACGACAAUCAACAAAUUCGACUUUACUUGAUGAUCGUCGUGUAAUAAAUAAUUCAACAUCAUUACAAAUUACUGUUGCUAAUAAUACAAAUAACAAUCGUACAAAUAAUAUAAAUGAUAUAUAUAAUGAUUAUCAAUAUUCAUCAGAUAUUCCUGCAUUUCAAUUUGCUGAUUAUAUAAUAAAUGAAGAUGAAGAACAAUAUGAUGAAGAAGAUGAUGAUAAAGAAGAAGAAGUUAUUAAUAAUCUUCGAACUCUUUUAACUGAAUAUUCACAUGGUAUUCGACUUUUGGCUUUAGAUGAACUUUAUCAAAAAAAAUUUGGCAAAAGUCUUUUAACUGAAUUAAAAAUUGCUAAUAUUCUAUUACUUCAAGAUUUUGUUGAUGAUUUUGCAUCUAUUUCACGUCAUGGUGAAGAAAAUGGUUCAUGUGAUCAUAUUAUAACUCUUAAAGAUCCUAAACAAGUUGCACAAACACAAACUCAAUUAUUACAACAAAUAACAGAUUCUGGCAUUGUUUCAAAAACAUUUCAUUAUGCAACAAAUCUUUUUUCAUAUAUAAAUGAUCGACGUUUUCAAGGUUUUAUAUCUGAUAUUGAUAAAAAUGAACAUUGUCUUCAUGUACAACCAGUUCGUUAUCAAGAACAUAUUGAAACAUUAAUGGAAGAACUUCAUUCAUAUUAUUCAAGUCCAAUAUCAAAUUCAUUAAUUAUUAAUAAUAUUGAAACAGGUCUAUCAUGUGUAACAACAUAUGAUGGAAUAUAUCAUCGUGCAUUUAUUAAAGAAAGUGAUUUAUAUAAAUGUGUUAUUGUUUAUAUUGAUUAUGGUACAACAAAAGAAGUUAAUAAAGAUGAACAACAAUUUAAAUAUUUACUUAAACAUUUUGCUGAAUUACCAUGUAUGGCUAUAGCAUGUCGUUUAGAUGAUAUAAGUUUUAUACCAAAUGAUAAUAAUUUAUUACCAGAUACAUAUAAUGAAAUAUAUACAUUAUGUAAAGAUGGACCAUUUUUUAUUGAACCAACUGGAUAUAUAAAUGGACUUUUAACAAUUAGAAUUCUUGAUGCAGAUGAACAAUGUUUAAAUGAUAUUGUCGUUCAAUUAAAACUUGCAGUUAAAAUAUCCUCACUUCAAAAUCAAUCUCCAAUAGAUAAUUAUCAACAAGAACAACAAAAUGUACGAAAACCUGUUGAAUUAAAAUUCGAUUUUUUGAAUGAUGCUGCUCAAUGUCCAUUACCAGAUUCAGAAUCAUCUACACCAGAAAGCAAUACAGAUAAUUUGAAUUUUAAAUUACCAAAAAAUAAUUCUAUUCAAAUAACAAAUAAUUCUUCAAAUGUUAAACAUCAAUGUAAAUUGAUUCAAAUUAAUGAAAACAAUUCAUUUUAUCUUAUUCGUUAUAAUAAUAAUAAACCAUAUAUACCAUGUUUCAGUUUAGCACGCUUAUUACAUCUGUCUGAAUCAGAUGUUUUAUCUGAAACUUUAUUAUCACGUAUUCGUUUACAAGAUACAUCUGAAUAUUCUUCAAUAUUUGAAUAUCUUAGACAAACAAAUCCAAAAGAUUGUCUUCAUAUUCAACAAAAUUUGCUUUUUCUAUUUGAUCUAAUAUCAGCAUUGAAAUAUAUUGAACGACUUGGUCAGAUAAAUAAUAAUAUUCUUAUUGAAACAUUGCGUCAACAAAUCAAUGCAUCGAAUGAACCAGAAUUUUGGAAUAAUGCCUAUGAUUGUUAUAAACCCUCAACUAUUGUACCACCAUUAUUAUCUGUUCAAUCUUCUAAUCAAACUGAUGUUGAACGUUAUAAUGAAUUAUUAAUUCGCCGUAGAAAUAUCUUAUGCAAUAUGUUACGUACUGAUCAUGUAACUGAAUGUGCCAUUGAAUUAACAUCAAUUGAAAAUGAACUUGAACAAUUAGUACAAAGAAUGCGUCUUGGUGCAAUAUCUCAACAAAAUAGUAAUGUUUCAUUAACACCAUCUAGUCUCACAACAUCGAUACAUAGUGAUCAACAAAAUUUAUCUAUGAAUAAAACUGAUAAAUUAAAAGAUUUAAUGGAACGAUGUAAAAAAUUAAUUAAUAUUAUUCUUGUUCUUGAUGAUUUUGUUGCUAUUGAUGAUAAUAUAACGAAAUAUAUUGAAAGUAAUUUAUCAUUUUUAAAUUCUGGAAAAAUUUCAUCAAAUGAUAAUCAAUUAUAUAAACAAUAUUCUAAUUUACUUGAAAAUCUCACACAUAUUGUGAAUGAUCUUCGACAACAAUUACCAGCUAGUGUGAAUUUUUAA